ACAACGAUGGGGCAGGCUGAUAUAAAGACUAGGUUGCGACAGGAGUGACUCAACAGCUUUUGUGCUUAUUGUUCUAAACCUCGGUUCCAGUCUCUUUCUAUCGAGUAUCUUUAGGACUUCCUCUUCGACCUCUUCUCCACAUAACCUUUUUCGAUCACACUCGAUCAUUAUAUCGACUCCAAAAAUGUUCGCCAAAUUCACCAUCGUCUACUUGAUCGCUCUCUUGGUUGCAUUCAUGACUGUCUGCGCCUCUGCAUCCCCGAUCCCUAACCAGGAAUCAGCACCUGCUGUCCGCUACAUCAACAUAUUCCAUGAUGUUUCCAAUAAUGUGGAAAUUGUUACCCGGGAAGAAAACUCCGAGUCUAUCUCAGAACCAGAGUCUGAAUCUAUUGCGGAGCGCGAGCCACCCGUCGAGGCUGAUGUCGAAAUAGAAGAUAUCGACGAGCGUAUUUGCCGCUUCGGAUGCAUCUGAGCAAUCCACCCCCUCACACUCCUCUUGCGCGCCCCUCCCAUCAAAUAUCUAUCUACCACGCGAUCCCCCACGCAGCUCGCUAAUUUAUCACGUCUUUCGUAUUCUCUUGGAUAUCUUGAUUACCAACUAACCUCCAACGUGCGACAUCCACUCCCUCUCGCCUGAUCCAGCUUGAUGCGAGGAUCUCAUUCCGAAGUCACCAUCUUGUCUCAUCAACUUUUACCGUGUAUUAUUCCGGAUUUCUCUUUGUAUCGAGUGUUACUAGAGUGUGCUUGUAUUGUUAUUACUAUCAUUGGGCCUCAGUAGAUUGUUUGUAUCAUAUAGUCGUCGACUCUUACACCUUUUCGGAUUCUGUGAUACCUAGCUAGUAAUAUGCAUCGCUACUAGGUAGACUCUGAAAAAAAAAAUACAUAUCGCCUGUGCUUUAUUGUAAGUGAACAUCC